AUGUUCUUUGAAGACGAUCAGGAUGUGACGGUAAGUUGUGGUCGUAUAUGCAUAAGUACGAAAAAUAAGAAUAUUAUCUCUGAGAUGGUCACUGUUAUGAUUGAAGGGGUUGAAUACCAUGUUAGGGUUCGUGAAAUUGCUUCAUGGAAAGUUGAUAUUCUUGAAGAAGAAGAAGAAGAGGUUGAUAGUGUACAUGAUAAUAUGGGAUGCUCUGAUAAUGAAGGAAUGGGAGAUGUUCAUGAUAUUGUAAGUGAAGAUGAUGAGACGGUUGAGGAGACGCUGGAGGUGGGGAGUCCAAAAAAUGACAAUUGCUAG